CCGUUAUUCUAUGAUAGACGUUUGAACAUUAAUACCUUUAAAUUAAACAGGUAAAAAUUUAGUAUUGAAGUUUAAAUUUUAGUUCGAUAUUUAAAUUGAGCACACUCACACGUUAUAAACCAAAGCAUAGAGAAGGUUAUAUUUUACCUUCAAAGGAUCAAAAUGCAAUAAUAUGUAAAACAAAAUUUGGAAACUUGAGAAAAGUAUAUUUCAUCUAUAAAAGGUUGUUGCUUGGGAAUUACUAGUAAUAUUUAUCUAAUAUCAAAACAGGACAAAAUAGGCUUGAAUGAAACGGGAGAAAACAUAAUUCUUGGAAAAAGGAUCUGGUGUUUAUAACAUAUAUUUCUAAGGAUAAUAAGUGUGAAAUUAACAAGUUGUGAUAAGUAUUGUGAUAUUAACAACAUUCAUUAUUUAGAUAAUUCAUAAAAUGGCACCUGGACAGGUGGUGUAUCCAUCUUUGUUUUAAUUAUCAAUAUCAUAACUAAUUUACAUGAUAUCGUCUGUCGAAUAAUGUCACCAUACUAUCUACCUGAUGUAAAAUUGUAGAAUCGAUCUAUGACUUUGAUUGUUGUCAAUUUCAUCAACUCAGCAGAUUAAUUAACUCCUAUGAGAGUAUCCAGUUGAGAAGUAUAAGCGACAAUUUGUGUUAAAAUGGGAUGUAUAAUUUAAUUUACAUGGUUUUUGUGCUAUGGAAGAAUACGUCAAGAGGAAUUACGAGAAAAGAAAAUCAGGAACUGCUCACAGCAAGUUCCCAGUCUGGGAUUAUAGAUCACGUCGAGGAAGCUUAUCGGCGUCUGCAUCAAACUCCUCAAAUGACGGCAGCAGCAUAUCCUCUAUUAGCUCAAUGCGUUCAGAGACUGAGGCAGAAAGUGUUAGUUUGUCGGGAACCUCAGAUACAGAUUCAAUAAUGCUCAGUGAUCCGUAUCGACUGACAAUCCAUUGUCUCACAGACUCUCACGAGAUUUACCCAAUGAUGGACAUAUACCAACCAGUUAUUGAUUGGAUUGACCCAGAUCUCCAUGUGGUCAAAGUUGCGGAAAUGACAGAUACAAACGGAAACACUGAAAAUCAUUUAGAUGUUUAUACAUCACAUAUACCAAGUAUUUCUAUAAUGGUGUUUUUACACGAAGAAGGAAUGUUAGGUUGUGAACGUAUUCAAGGUGCAAAACGACAUUUUGAAAGGUCACCUUGGAAAUUUCAUCAUUCAGAACAAGUUGCGAGGGGAAGGGUAAACCCCUACCCUUAUAAUAGUCAGGACUUUUAUUACACAUCAGACGAUCUACCUCUUUGGGCUGUCAGACAAGUGCAUUAUGGGAAAGAACAUAUACGGAUGGUUGUGUUCACUAGUGAAGAUAAUUGGAACGAUAUGGUGCGGUUUUAUAAAUUGAUAAUCGGAUCAGAACCGGAUUUGCAUCGAAACGAUUUCUGUUUGUUCACAGUUCAUACUCACAUUCAUUAUGACAUUCAAUUUGCAUUAAAGAAAUUAGGAGGUGAAACUAAACCACGACCUCCAUAUUGUGUGAAAUUACAGUUCCGAGUACCGGAAGUAGGACAUAUUGUGCCGUUGUUUCCAAAUGUGUGUAAACCAUUAUCAGAUACUCGAUGGGAAACAAUGGACCAUGAUGGAAAUACAAUUAUAUUAGAAGUGACUGGUUGUCCGACACCUGUGCUAGAAAAAUCGUUGGACAUUAACAGGAAACGUUCUGAUAGUUCGGACAAUUCCAGGAAAUCCUCAAAUUCGGACAAUUCCAGAAAAUCCUCAAAUUCAGACAAGUCUGACACGUCAGACAAAACAGUCCACUUAUCGGGUUUUUAUGUAUGACACAGCAGAUUAAACCUAAAACAUUGCCAGUAAUUUCGUCACCUCAAAGAAUCAAAUUUUGUUUGCACCCCAUUUUCAUCACUCUAUAUCAUUAAGUAUUCCAUUUGAUCAAAGUGUACCAAAGUCAAGAAAAUUAGAUACUGCAUUUAAAUUACCCACUUAACCCAGAAUGCACAAUACAUCACAAAAGAUCCUGAAAUACCUGAACUUCAUUUCCCAAUACAAUUAUUUAUGUACACUUUAAUUAAAUACAUUGUUUCUUCAAACAACAUCAACCUGAAGAACAGAGUGUUGACACUCCUUACGUAUGUUUCAUAAUGUACAUUAUCAUUUGUUGCCAUACAAUAUGCUCGUUAAAGUACGAACAAUUAAGAAGGAAUAUGAGUAGGAACUGAAGUCUCUAAAAUAGUAUCUAAGCAGCAAACAAAAGACACGAACGUACGUCAACAAAAACAACUAUCUUUUAAAUAAGCGAAGCUCUAAAACGCUUAGAGUUAACAUAAAAAUUUCUCAAAGACUAUCACAUAAUUGGCUUCAACACCAAAUUCUCAGGACAAACACAUUGUUUCCAGGCGAUAGAUGAAUAAAAAGAAUGAGAGUCAAAUUUUAGAUGGGACAAAAAAGCUUCCUUCCGUGGCCCAACAGACAUAGUAUCUUUCUCAUGUUUCAAGACACAUUAUACUUAUAUAAUUCAGAAGAAA